GCGACUCAUUCGCCAGUGUGCGCAUCGCCCGUGUCCCAAGGCACCGGGCCAGACUCUCGCAUCGGCUCUACCCACACUCACCCCCACUCACCCUGUGUUUUCUCUGCCCCCUUCGCGCUCUUCGUGUGUGUGUGUUUUUUCACGGUCGAUUGGCGAGUUGCGAAGGAGGGCAAGGGUGCUGUGGUGCAGCAUCAGCUGGUAGUAAGUCAGUCAGGGUUCGGGUCGCGGUAGUUGGACAAGAUGAGAGAGAUCCUGCACAUUCAAGGCGGCCAGUGCGGAAACCAGAUCGGAGCCAAGUUCUGGGAGGUGGUGUGCGAGGAGCACGGCAUUGACCCCACCGGUACCUACAAGGGCCUCUCGGAUUUGCAGCUCGAGCGCAUCAAUGUCUACUACAACGAGGCCAGCGGUGGCCGGUACGUGCCCCGUGCGGUUUUGAUGGAUCUGGAGCCUGGAACCAUGGACAGCGUGCGGUCCGGUCCCUACGGACAGACCUUCCGGCCUGAUAACUUCGUGUUUGGACAGACGGGUGCGGGAAACAACUGGGCUAAGGGGCAUUACACGGAGGGAGCUGAGCUGAUUGAUUCCGUAUUAGAUGUGGUGCGGAAGGAGGCUGAGAGCUGCGACUGCUUGCAAGGUUUCCAAGUAUGCCACUCUUUGGGUGGAGGAACCGGGUCGGGAAUGGGAACAUUGCUGAUUUCGAAGAUCCGUGAGGAGUACCCCGAUAGGAUGAUGCUUACGUUUUCGGUGUUCCCGUCGCCGAAGGUUUCGGAUACCGUGGUGGAGCCAUACAAUGCUACCCUUUCGGUGCACCAGUUGGUAGAGAAUGCCGACGAGUGCAUGGUGUUGGACAACGAAGCGCUAUAUGACAUCUGCUUCCGGACACUGAAACUCAUUACUCCUUCGUUUGGCGACUUGAACCAUCUGAUUUCGGCGACAAUGAGCGGUAUCACUUGCUGCCUCCGAUUCCCUGGGCAGCUAAACUCCGAUCUGCGAAAGUUGGCUGUGAAUCUGAUCCCGUUUCCGCGUCUGCACUUUUUCAUGGUUGGUUUCGCACCCCUGACGUCGAGGGGAUCGCAGCAGUACAGGUCGCUCACUGUUCCGGAACUUACGCAGCAAAUGUGGGACGCGAAGAACAUGAUGUGCGCGGCCGACCCCCGACACGGAAGGUACUUGACGGCUUCUGCGAUGUUCCGAGGUAAGAUGUCGACCAAGGAGGUGGACGAGCAGAUGAUCAAUGUGCAGAACAAGAACUCUUCAUACUUCGUGGAAUGGAUCCCGAACAACGUGAAGUCCAGUGUGUGCGACAUUCCUCCGACAGGUCUGAAAAUGUCUUCGACUUUCAUCGGUAACUCCACUUCGAUCCAGGAGAUGUUCAGGCGUGUGAGCGAACAAUUCACUGCUAUGUUUAGGAGGAAGGCUUUCUUGCAUUGGUACACAGGCGAGGGCAUGGACGAGAUGGAGUUCACGGAAGCGGAGAGCAACAUGAACGAUUUGGUUUCGGAGUACCAGCAGUACCAGGAUGCCAGCGCGGAGGAGGAGGGCGAGUAUGAGGAGGAUCUGGAGGAGGCCUAGAUGUAUUUCGGAGCGAUUUCGUGUGCUGUUGGUGUCUUUUGGUUGGAAGCGAUUUAAACAGGAGAGUCUGUUUGGUGGCUUAGGGUAAUUCGGUGGAGCCUGAAAGAUAUUGCUACGUCUUGAAAUACCAUCUUGUUUCAGUGCGCAUUGCUUGCAAAAGCAUUGAUAGUUGUAGCGGGAUAUGGUGCUGUUUAUGGUUGUAUUUGAGCAUAUGUUUCGUGACAUCUGUGUUGCUUGUUGGGCUUGCCAUACUGGUAGUGUCUUGUUGAGUAUCAUAUUUACUUUCCAAUGUAAUAUUCAACAUUUUCUCCUAGCAUUACUAUACCAUUUCCAUCUA